UUUCUCCGCCCAUUUUCCUUCACUACCAUCAUCUGCAGGAUACUUUCCUUGUAUCUCUUUAACCUUUCGGAAAUCUUUGAAUUUUCUAAUUUUCAUUUCAUCUUCGAAUUUCAAAUCCCUGUAGCCUUCUUUGUUUUUUUUCUUCCUUCUCUGCUCUCUCUGACCUUAUUUGUAUAUCUCUCCUUUUCUUUCCCUUGAUUUUUCGUGAAAUUUCAGAUUCGCUUCCUUGAGAUUUCCGUUGUUUUUUUUUGGUGAGCUUUGGGGAAAUUAGGACUUUUUCUGAGAUGGAGGUUUCAGUUGUCGGAUCUUCCCAAACGAUAGUUGGGAAAACAGAAUCUCCGUUUCGGAAUCUCGGUUUCUCUAAAUCGAAGCAGAUCCCCUUUAGAUCGAGUCGAAUCGGUUUCGAUCCGAUGAGGAAUUGUAGAAGGGCUUCGAUUCGAGUUGCUUUGAAAGCGAUCCGAUCUGAGAUGUGUAGAUCGGCGACGGUUGCUGGCAAGAAAGCCACGGGGAAAAUAUUGCGAGAAAAAUCGGACAAUCGAGUUCAUUUAUUCGUUGGGCUCCCUCUAGACUGCCAUAACCUACAACACACGAGGGCCAUUGCAGCAGGACUCAAGGCACUGAAGCUCCUUGGUGUGGAAGGCGUGGAUCUCCCAAUCUGGUGGGGCAUUGUGGAGAAAGACACCCCAGGAAAAUAUGAGUGGUCUAACUAUCUAGCACUCGCCGAAAUGGUCAGAGAUGCGGGCCUCAAGCUUCAUGUGUCCAUCUGCUUCCACGCAUCGUCCAAAGAUCCUGCGGUUCCACUCCCACAAUGGGUAUCUCAGGUCGGUGAGGCCCAGCCUGAUAUCUUCUUUACAGAUCGAUCAGGAAGGCGUUUCAGGGAGUGUUUGUCGUUGGGAGUAGAUGAUCUUCCAGUGCUUGAUGGAAAGACGCCAGUGCGAGUGUUUGAGGAGUUCUGCGAGAGCUUUAAGUCUUCCUUCUCUGCUUUUAUGGGCUCCACCAUUACUGACAUCACAGUAGGCCUAGGGCCUGAUGGCGAGCUCCGAUACCCUUCAUUUCAGCAAGCAACGGGCCAUCAAAGUAUGGGUGUCGGUGAAUUCCAAUGCUAUGACAAACACCUGCUCAACCACCUCAAGCAACAGGCUUCAUCAAUCGGUCACAGCAACUGGGGCCUCUCUGGGCCCCACGACGCCCCUCAAUACGACGGGUCCCCAGAUUCCCACAACUUCAUCAGAGAAUCUGGAGGCUCAUGGGACACUCCGUAUGGUGAAUUCUUCCUCUCCUGGUACUCUAACCAGCUCCUAUCCCAUGGCAACCGCCUCCUCUCGCUUGCCUCCUCGGUGUUUGCUGAUUCCAACAUAACAGUAUCAGGCAAGGUCCCAGUCAUGCACUCAUAUUACAGAACACGCUCCCACCCAUCGGAGCUGACAGCCGGGUACUACAACACGGUUCACAGAGAUGGUUAUAACGCAGUUGCGGAGAUGUUUGCAAGGAAUCAUUGUAAAAUGAUCAUACCAUCAAUGGAGCUCUCCGACGAACACCAGCCCAAUGGGCUAAGAUCAAGCCCAGAUUCUUUACUCUCACAGAUCAUGGCAGCAUGUAAAAUGCAUGGGGUGGGGGUCACUGGAGAGAAUUCUUCUAAAUCUAGCAUUCCAGGUGGAUUUGACAAGAUCAAGGAGCGGAUUUUAUCAUCGUCGUCCGAGAAUGUGAUGGUGGAUUCAUUCAUGUAUCAAAGAAUGGGUGCGUAUUUCUUCUCCCCAGAGCACUUUCCAAUGUUUACGAAAUUCGUUAGGAGCCUCGACCAGGUUGAAUUGCAUUCAGAUGACUUGCCCGACCUCAAUGAGGAGGCAAUGGUCUCUUCAAUAACGACAGGUUCAGAACUAGUGAAUGAUUUACAGAGGCAGGCAGUGUAAGGAACUCAGUUCGCCGUUUCUGCCAACAAAUGCAGCGCUGUGUAGUUAGAUAAACACAGACGUUUUCCAGUUUUAGGACAUGGGAUUAAAUCAUGCUAUGAUUUGAAGCUACUUGCAUAUGCUGAGGGACUGGGAUUAUCAUCAAAACAUGAUAUGAUGCAGGCGAUACUGAUGUUGUAUAUGAUAAUUAGCUUAUAUGUAGUGUUAGAUUAUUGUUCUCUAUAGUUUCUCCAAUGAUUUUCUCAUCCCAUUUGACAUGGGAUGCUCGUAAUUCUUUUAUGUAUCAUGAAGUUUGGAAAAUUAGUAGCAUCACGGCUGCAUGCGUCCA